AUGCCCCGUCCUGGGAAGAACUCAUACAGUGACCAGAAGCCCCCUUACUCCUACAUAUCACUGACAGCGAUGGCUAUCCAGAACUCAACCGAAAAGAUGCUGCCCCUGAGUGACAUUUAUAAGUUCAUCAUGGACCGGUUUCCUUAUUAUCGAGAGAACACCCAGAGGUGGCAGAAUUCCCUGCGACACAACCUCUCGUUCAACGACUGCUUCAUCAAGAUCCCUCGGCGGCCUGAUCAACCCGGGAAAGGCAGUUUCUGGGCUCUGCACCCGGACUGCGGUGACAUGUUCGAGAAUGGCAGCUUUCUGCGGAGACGGAAGCGCUUCAAGGUUCUGCGCGCCGAGCACAUGGCCUGCAAGAGCUCCCCGAUGAUGCAUUACUUUCACCACCACCACCACCACCACCCGGGCGGCAAGCUGGGCUCAGCGUCCGGCCACCACGAGCACUCAGCCGGGCCAGCGAGCACCGUGGGUCGGCUGCCUCACUUUCAGGGUUACGGGGGCAUUGCCUGCGCGCAGCCCGGCGGGUUUAAACACCCGUUCGCCAUCGAGAACAUAAUCGGACGGGACUACAAAGGUGUGAUGGCCAGCGGGCUCCCCCUCACCUCUGUCAUGCACCACCUGGGUUACCCGGUGCCUCCACAGCUCAGCAGCGUGGUCAACUCCAUGUGGCCGCACGUCGGGAUGCUGUCAGAGUCCAUGGGUGGCGUGUCCAUGCCCGCUUCAUCCGAGUACGCGCCCUUCAGCGUGUCAGCAAAGGGCCUGUACCACAACGCCAACGGGCAAACCAUGCCCGCCGUUCCCGUGCCAAUAAAACCCACCCCGUCCCUGGGUCCCGUGCCAGGCUUGACCGGGCUGCAGUCCGGCCCGGCACAGCUCUGCUCACCGACCUCAGCAAUGGAGAAGAGCGAUCUGCUGGAGGGGAAAGGCAGCCACUUACACCCGGCUCUCCUGCUGUCCUAA